GGGGUGUGGGUGUGGGUGGGUGUGGGUGUGGGUGUGUGGGUGUGGGGUGUGGCUGUGGGUGUAGGUGUGGGUGGGUGUGGGUGUGGGUGUGGGUGUGGGUGGGUGUGGGUGUGGGUGUGGGUGUGGGUGUGGGGUGUGGGAGGGUGUCAGUAUUUAUUCAAGAGUGAGUCACACUACACCCACACCCACACCCACCCACAUCCACACCCACACACCCACACCCACACCCACACCCAUCAAAACUGAUGAAGAUAUAUAUCAAUAUUCGUAACCAUGUUUUUUGAUAAACGAGAUUGGAUUUAUUUCAUUAGCUGUCAUCGAGAUAAAUCGAUCAACUAUAAUGACAAGGAUUGGAAUAUUGACGAUCCUUGUUAUGAGAAUGAAAAAGAAGUGAAAUUUCAUUAUCAUUUAUGAAUUAUGCUCAUAUAUCAUUAUUCAUUAAAAAUCCUCGGUGUUUUUUAUUCGAAAUCUAAAGAUAAAUGAAAAAAAAAUAUCAUAAAAGAUGCUGUCUUGUUUAAUUUUUUAAAAGACUUCUUCAAAGUUUAGGUUUACACAGAAAAUUCAAUUUAUACGAUUACAAUAAACACAUAUAUAUAUAUUGUUGAAUUCGAAGACAUCUCAUAACAUCCAGUUGAUAAAUUUAGAAAAAAAAACGUAUGCGCCAGCAAAUCAUAUAGGAAGUAAAAUAUUUUGUCAGCGUAACAGUUAUGUUCUACGACUGUCUGUCGUUAAAAAACACAUCAUCUGUGUCUACCUAUAUGAAAAAGAAAAAUACACACGUCUUAAGGAGUGACAGAAAGAAAAAAAAACAUUAUCGUCGAUAUGAUGUAUCAUAUGCUAUAUGCAUCGACAAUCAUUUUGUUAGUCACAUCACACAUAUCUUCAGCCGAUAUUGCAUAUCAUUCUGAAUGUGGGAUCCCUCAGACCUUCCUUCAUCUCAGGAUAUGUUUGAGACAAAUGUUCAAACACAUCAGUCUAACAUUACUGAGAUUAUUUCUAUUAUCAUAGUUACUUGUUUGUUCAUAUUGAUUUUUAUCGCAUUUUGCAACUAUAUUCCAAGACGAUCUUUACCUGUAUCAUCCUCAUCAUUUGUUACGUCUGACAAUUCAACAGAUUCAAGUAAGGAAGAUUGUUAUCAUUUCUUGCAUAUUCUCAUUCAUUCAAAUAUGAUUCAUAACCGAUCUCUUCCAUUUUGUUAUAUUCUUUUAUUUCGGAACGAUUGACAUUAACAAAAGCGAUAGGUUAUUUUCGUUUGAAUACGAAAAGAGAUGAACACUUUACAUAUUUGUUCAUCCAGAUCAAUUCAUGAAUAGAAAAUGUAAAGUAUCGCUCCUCAUAUUCUUGUCAAUGAGUUUCAUUCUCUUUGCUAAUAUUGAGGUUUUCAAAAUAUAUAUUUCAUGAUAAAAAUUUUAGAAGAGCGACAAGCAACAACAGCUGAGAUCAAUACGGAACCAAAAAGUGAAAUGGGAGCAACUGACAUAUAUCGUAGUUUAUUUCAAUGGACUGACUUUAGACAGAUGACUGUACUUAAUAAAACAUGCAAGGCACAAAUUAAAAGUCGUAUAAAUUUAUUGACAUGA